AUGACAGCAAAUUAUCCCAAAGAAGCGAAUCCAAGUUCAAAAAUUUCUGCCUUCGGCUCAAUUAAAUGUCAGAUGAUCAGUGGCCUUCCAAUUCUUGUCGUUCGUGAUUCUGCAAAGAACAAUGGACCAGAAUUCGAUAUCGUCGAUGAGGCCCUUUACCAUAUGCGCACAAAUAUCUUCAUGCGUGACUUCCCAGCAAAGACAGGCGCAGACCGUCUCAUUAUUUAUCUCACAUUCUACGGAAUGAAAUGUCUCAAAUUCUUCGCCAAGAACAAGAAGGACAAAGCUAAAUGCCAGCUUGAAAUCGACGGCUGGAAUCUCAAGCCAUUCCCAAUUCCAGGUGAAGGCGGUUUCAUUAUCGAUUCCUAUGUUACAGCUCCAAAGAAUGAGAACGAGAAAAGACAACUCCGCGAUUAUUUCAAGAAGCUUCGUAUCGAAAUGGGCAACCGCCUUCUUCAGAAAGUUUUCGCCACAGGUGCUGAAGCAGACAAAUGGUGGGUUUGCUUCUCCAACAAGAAGCUCCUCGAUAAGGAAAUGGCUAACUAA